CGGGACGCCCCACUCUGAGGGACACACUGUGCGGGGCAGGCCGGGGGGCGAGCCCCGCACCCGUUUUCCGGGCAGCCCGCCUCCCCGCCUCUCACCCUCAGCUACACGCUGCGGCCCCGACCCCGUCCUGGCUCCUGGCUCCCGGGUCCAGAAGACACAAAAAGACGCCUAUAGUGGAACUUGCUUCUUCACCCAAGCUUCCAUGGAACAAUGACAAUAAACCUUCCUCACCACCAUUUUCCAGCAGUGUUUGCAGCUGUCUGCACGACUCAAGAUAUUCCAGAAGAAGAAGCAAUUUUGGUGCUAUGCACAGGGCAGAGAACUUCGCUAGAUACAAUACCAUUCAUCCCUCUCAAAUGCUGUAACAGGAGAAACAUCCUUUAUGUGGUAAAGAAUUCACGUGUCCGGAUUGCAGCCAAGACUUCCGGCGUGAGCAGAUCUGCCUCUCCCACAUUUGCUUCUUUCAUACCCAAGAGAAAAGUCCCUUCCCACAUUGGAACCUUUGGACCAGAGGGUCCUGAAGAGUGGGUCUCUAGAGAAGGCCACAGACUUUCACAGCUCCAUGAAGGAGCUGGAGGCCUCAAUGGCCGCUGGGGUGGAUGACACUCACAGCCCCUUAGUUGACAAGAGAAUGAGAACCGAGGAAGUUGAGGGCAAGAAGAGCAGGAAAGCGGUGUUGCUGGGGAAAACGAAUAGGUUGAGCAAGGAACUUCCCUACCCUCCCAGUGACAGGGAAGAUGGCGGAACUGAGCACGCCCUGUCAAUGACUGUGGGAAGAUUCACCUUGGGAAAGCAGCUGGCCAAAAAGGAGCCCUGGGAGCAGACGUCGAGCGCUUUCUCAGAGGUCAGGAGACUGAAGGAGAAGUUAUGGAAUGAAAAGUUCAGGGAAGGUGAACCAGAGGGCAUCCCAGGUCAACUAAACAAAGAACAGCAUCCCAAGGACUCCAUCUUGAAUAUAUCAGGGAGUGCUUUCUCCUUUGUGUGUCCCAACAGAGCCAGGGGGGAGCAGAAAAGUGCCUUCAGCAAACCAACCAAGUGUCUAGUGGAGAGAACAGCACUCACCUCCGCUCUCCCAGCAAAUGAGGCGGUUGAAGCCCUGGGAGAUCUGUCGGGAUUCAUCAACACCAUGGAGAUCAUGUGUUGUGGCAAUCUCUUGAAUUCCAGAUUUUUUGUCGGCAAUUUGUGUGGCCCGCAAAUGCUGCAGACCAAUCCCUCUCAGAAUAGUGCUUUCCCAUAUCCCUCCGAACAAUGGCCCAAACCCAACAUGGGCCCAAUACACUCAUCGCCCUCCCCCUCCCCGUCCCCCUCUCCCUCUUCCUCCUCUUCCUUGACCUUGCUCCCUCCCACCUUCACAGCCUUUGGUGUGGCGGCCCAGAACUGGUGUGCAAAAUGCAACCUCUCCUUCCGGAUGACCUCCGACUUGGUUUUCCACAUGCGAUCCCACCAUAAGAAGGAACAUUCAUCCCCCGAGUCUCAAUCCAAGAGGAAAAGAGAAGAGAAAUUGGCUUGUCCAAUUUGCCAUGAGUAUUUCCGUGAGCGUCACCACUUGUCCCGGCACAUGACUUCUCACAAUUAAAGACACGACCGCAAGCAGAA